UUUCAAGUAGAGUUGUUUUUAUUUUUUUUUCUUUGAUUUUUUUUUCGUGGAAAAAUAAUUUAAAAAUCAAAUCAUAAUCAUAAAAACACUCAUAUAAAUCCCAAUUAAAAAGGUAGACAAAUUUAUUUUAUUUAUUAACUUGCAUUAUGAUUGUGGAGUACAACAACAAGACAAGAAAAUAAGGAAGAAUAUUGGUUGUGAAAUUUGCAUGUAUGUAUGUAUGCAUGUGGGCAUAAAUGAUUUUCAUAUAUAGAACUAAGCGGGUACUUAAACUGGAAUUCAUUAGCUCAUCACGAGAAAUAGAUUAGCGAACGAAUAAGUCAUAGUGAAACUUGACAAUUUUUUUUUUAGUUUUAGAAAUAGUGAAAUUGAAAAUUUUAUAAAGAAUUUUUAUAAUUUUAUGAGUUAAAAAUAUUAAAAGAAAAAUAAAAAAAUGGGACAAAAAGUUUCUAGAACUGAUUUUGAAUGGACAUAUACAGAAGAACCACAUGCUACUAGAAGGAAAAUUAUAUUGGAAAAAUAUCCUCAAAUAAAAAAAUUAUUUGGUUAUGAUCCAUGGUUUAAAUGGGUUGCUGGUUCAAUGGUUAUGGUACAAAUUUUAAUGUUAUUUGUAAUGAAAGAUCAAUCAUGGCCAAUUAUAUUUCUUGUUGCAUACUUCUUUGGUGGCAUAAUUAAUCAUUCAUUAAUGUUAGCCUGUCAUGAAAUAGCACAUAAUUUAGCAUUUGGUCACAGUAGACCAAUGCAUAAUCGUUUAUUUGGUUUCUUUUGUAAUUUACCAAUUGGCGUACCAAUGUCAGUGUCAUUUAGAAAAUAUCAUUUAGAACAUCAUAGAUAUCAAGGGGACGAUGUUAUAGAUACAGAUAUUCCAACUUAUCUUGAAGCAAAAUUAUUUUGUACAAGUUUCGGUAAAUUUAUAUGGGUUAUAUUGCAACCAUUAUUUUAUAUAUUUAGACCAUUGGUAAUAAAUCCAAAACCACCAACACAAUUAGAAAUAAUAAAUGGCGUUAUACAAAUAAUUUUUGAUGCUAUAGUUAUAUACUUUUUUGGAUGGAAAGUUUUAGCCUAUUUGGUUCUCGGAUCAUUAUUGGCAAUGGGUUUACAUCCGGUUGCUGGUCAUUUCAUAUCGGAACAUUAUAUGUUUGCAAAAGGUUUCGAAACAUAUUCAUAUUAUGGACCACUUAAUUGGAUUACAUUUAAUGUCGGUUAUCAUAAUGAACAUCAUGAUUUUCCUGCUGUACCUGGUAGUCGUUUACCAGAUGUUAAAAAAAUUGCACCAGAAUUUUAUGACACAAUGCCACAGCAUACAAGCUGGACUCGUGUACUUUAUGAUUUUAUAAUGGAUCCUGCUGUCGGCCCAUAUGCUAGAGUUAAAAGGAAGCAACGUGGUCUUGCAUCGUAAAUAAGUAUGUAUAUUAUUAUACUUCAUUCAUUGUAGUUUUUUUUUUAUAAACUCUAGUUAUGGAAAAUAAUAAACUAAAACUAGAUAUUACAUACUGAAAAUAAAUAGCAAACAGAACCAAACUAUUAUAAUUACAUGUAAUAAAAUAAAAAUUCAAAUAGACUGUAAUAAAAAUUAUGAUGUACAACAAAAAAAAAAAAAAAAAUUUAAAAAAGUUAAUUCAAAAAAGAAGUUUUUUUUAUAUUGAAAUUUGAAUUGAUUUCAUUAUUUUUUUUUUCGUUUUGUUUUUUACGAUGCUAAAAAAUUUUGUAUUAAAUUUUUUUAAUAUAAAAUUAUAAUAAUGAUUAGUAGUGAUAUUAGAAAUUUCCAAAAAAAAAAAAAAUAGAAAAUAACUAAAUAAGAAAACAGAAGAAAAAGAGGCUUCUUUUUUGAAAACCCACUGAUAUAAUAAAAUAGUGUAUACAUGUUCAAUAUUAGAUGGUAACUAUUAAAUUAAUUCUAUAUUUUAAAUGGUACAGUUCCAAUUUUGAAAAAUUUAGUAAAUUAAAAUAAAUGAAAAUAGUAGAAUAAAAAAAAAAAAAUAAUAAUAAAAACAUUCAUUAAAGCAAUUAGCUUAGAAAAGCAAAUUUAGAUUUAAUUAAAAUUUUCUUUUUUAAUUUCAUUUGUCACAGAUU